UUCUCCUCUCGCCGUCUGAAAGUCUCUUUCUUUCUCCUCCUCCUCCUCCUGCUGUGCCUGCAGGAAGAGGCGCUGCCUACAUUUCCUCCCGGCUGUAGCUCCUGCUCCGUCAGCCGUCGUGACCGGCUUCGAGUGCGGCGCGCAGCGGGCGGGCGAGCGAGGACAGGGGGUCUGCGUGGGAGCACCGGCGUGCGGAGAGAGAGGGGGCCGGAAGUAUUGGCACUGUUACGCCAAGCCUCCUCGGGUUUCGCUUGUUUUACACUAAAAUUGGUGAGGUGGCCCGGCAGCCAUGGCCCGUGGGCAUCAGAAGAUUCAGUCCCAGCAGAAGAAUGCGAAGAAGCAGGCGGAGCAGAAGAAGAAGCAGGGGCACGACCAGAAGGCCGCGGCCAAGGCUGCCCUAGUGUUCACCUGCGCCGUCUGUAGGACGCAGAUGCCCGACCCGAAGACGUUCAAGCAGCACUUCGAGAGCAAGCACCCCAAGGCGCCCAUGCCGCCCGAGCUCGUGGAUGUGCAGGCCUGACCCGGGGCGGCCGGGCCAGCGUUUCUCGCAAACGAUUCAACGGCCAACGGCGCACACGGCAUUCGUGCAGAAGUCACAUCUUAACGAACUGUUGACGUGAGACGCCACUGUAUUUCUUAAGGUCUUUUAACGCAGUCGCUGGCUUGUGUUGCGCGUGUGAAUCCGAGCACAGAUGAGGGGGCGCGCUGGAAAAGCCUGGUUUGCUUAUAGGAUUUCUGAAUUGGUUAAUUACUCAGCCUUUUUCCCCCCCAGGUUCCCUUCCAAGGAAGCUGAGCUCAAGAUUUCUGUUUAAAAAGGUGGCUGGGCAGAUUUCUGGUCUUAAAAUGUAUUAUUUUUUUUGUCGAGAGUUGAGGUGUUUUGGCUGAGCCUCCGAUUGUGGAAACCGAGAAGUAUUAAGGUUUUCAAAGUAGAGAUGUACAGUAUAUAGUUGCCCUAGUCUUUCCAAGCAGGUUUUAGGUAGCAGUUUUGAGAAUCGUUUUGAAAACUCAUGGUUGGACAACCUGGCCCUUAAAAGCAGAAAAAAUCUUCUGUUUGUAUUGGUGUGGUGUACCCAGUAACUGAAAUGAGUUUUGUGUAGCAUAUGGGAGCUAUUGCUGUAAAAACAUUGUCCUUUUCAGCAGAUCAUUACUUUUUGGGACACUAAGGGCAUCCACCACUAGGGGCAGUAUUUGCCUGCAAAGGUUCUCUGUGUUAACCUUGACCUUCAUAUGAGCACUUCAGUUGACUAAGAAAUCAGUCCACAAAAUUCACAGUUUAAAUAGUAUUUACAUUAUUAUUUUGCAUUUCAUUAAGGAUCCAGAAUCAGAAAGCUGUAGAGGAUCUGUUGUGAUGUAGUGUUGAGAAGAAUCUAUAGUUUCUUCUCAGUUCUGUAGUUUGAACAAGAGAAAUUUGAGGAAUCGUGUAUAACUUUUUCAUUUUUUUGUGCUCUUCAUUUUGUGAGAAAAUGUCUCUUUGUUUUUCUCACUGGUCUGAUUACUCAAAAAACAACUGUGAAGUUAAUGGACAAAUUAGCUUGAUUGUACGUAAGAUAAUAAAAAAUAUAUAUAACCUUUGGUGUUAGCUUUUUUGUUCUGAAAUAAAUAAAUUCAUCAGUACUUCAUGCACAGAGACUGGAGAUGUCCACCAGACAGUUAUUUUGUUUAGCCUGCUCAGAUAAAUAUUAACGUUUUAAUUUAAGGGAAAAAAAAUUCUUCUCCUGUGAAAUGUUGCUUGAUAAGGGUUUGUGAGCUUGUGGGUUGAUUUAAAGACAUUACAGUUGUCUGUAGAUGAGUCUCAGAAGACUGACAGGCAUGUUUCAUCACUGAGCUGCUGUAUGUUUGGAACCAAGGAGGUACUAGGGUAAUUCAUAUGCUGUACCUGUUUAUACAUAAAUAUUUUGUCUACUGUAAUUUUGGAACCACUGGUGCAUAGCAUUGUGUUCUUUUGGCUAAACUGGUUAUCAGUGACAUUUUUACACCUGUAAUUAUACCUGUGCCCCGAUUAUGUAAUAUAACAUUUUAAUAAAGUAUAAUUUUGGUUAA